AUGGCCAUGAAAGGCCCGAUCUGGCGACACACCAGUCGCCGCCUCAUCGGCAACCAAGAGGAGCGUCGCAGAGGCAACCAGCCCGUCGAAGGGGCGCCUUCCGAUCGUGAAGUCGGCAUCGAUGAUGGCGAGGUCGACGCCAAGUCUACGACCGCCGAUGAGGCCGUGGUGCUUACCGUCGCGGAAUCGGACGAUGCAAACUGGGAGAGUAGCAGCGACGCCGAGGAUGUUCUAGAGUCCGCCAUGGUCGUCCGAAGCAGAAGAGGGUCAUGA